CCCGCUGUGUCGAUAGUGGUAAACAACUGCCUACCGGUAGAGUGCAAUCUAGCCUAAAAAACAACAACAACACGCAAUGGAUCCGACGAUGAGCGGAAAGUGUUGAAUAAUUGUGAAUUAAGAGGAAGGUAGUUCACGAACCAUGACAGCACUGUUGAAGGAUGAAGAUAAAAGUCAAUCUGACUUUUACAAUCAUGAUGAAACUAACAUCCAUGCCUCAGUAAUGGCAUCUGAACCAGUGGAUACAGAUGCAUUUCUUUCUGCCAAGGACAUUAAGCAAAUUGACAAACACCCUGACCCAGCAGAACCUUAUGUCAUACCAGACAACUAUAAGCAUUUGCGACUUUGCGCUAGACUUAAAGUAGACUUGCCUUACCGACAAAGAUUUAUUCAUUCCUUUUGUCUUUUCUGGGCUUGUAUAGGCUUGGGAUGGAUUCUGGGACAAAUGGGGCCAUCGUUUACAGACCUACUGCAGAUUGUUAAUGAAGACCUGGAGUCUGGGUCGUGGCUGUUUACUAUCUGUUCCAUGGGAUACCUGCUUGGCGCUUUUGUUGGCGGGAUCCUCUACGACAGAUUUGACAAGCUUUUGCUGAUAGCCCUGUCUUGUUUCCUCAUGGGAUUGUCAACUGGAUUCGUGCCCUACUGCGAGACCUUCCCCUUAAUGCUGUCCAUGCGUUUCUUGGCAGGACUUGGAGCCGGGGGUCUGGACACAGGUGCCAAUGCAGAUAUGGUUUCAAUAUGGGAUGCUGAAGGGAGGCCCUACAUGCAGGCAUUGCAUGCCUGUGGCGGAUUUGGCGGAAUUAUUGCCCCUUUGGUAACAGAGCCGUUCCUUUCCAAGAAAUUUGAGGUCAUUUCCGAGCUCAACGUAACUGGCGAGCUUAACGUAACUGGGGCUGCCAAUACAACCGGGACUACAACAGUGUACGGUAAAACAAGCAUCCACUAUUCGUACCUCAUCUCGAUGUUUGUCGCUAUUUCGGGAGGAAUUCCAUUCUUGAUGAUGUUUGUUCGCAAAAAGUGUUCAAAGACGACUAGAGACAUGGUCGCUCCUAGACUCAAUCAGAAACGACCUGACAAGCUAUCUUUGUGGCUAAAAGCCUUUUUGUGUAUCUUACUUUCACUUAUGAUGGUACUGUAUUGCGCUGUGGAAGACACAUUCUCGGGUUUCCUAGCAACCUUUUGCGUAAACUAUCUCAAAUGGGAUAAAGGUAGUAGUAGUUUUGCGUCAAGCUUACACUGGGUGGGAUUCACCAUUGGACGAUUUUUGGGAAUUUUCUUAAUUACAUUCUUUCGGCCUGUGCAACUUUUGUGCUCUUAUCUGGUUUUCCUGAUACUGGCGUUCAUAGCUUUCACGGUAUGUAGUGUCACAUUAACAGAAAUCGGCGUAUGGAUCUUCAUUCCCUUGGCUGGUUUUUCAAUGUCCGUGAUUUUCCCGUGCAUUUUCACUUGGACCGAAGAAAGCAUUUUGAAAGUGACUGGAAAAAUAUCCUCCAUGUUUGUGGUAGCUUCGUCGUCUGGACUGCUUAUCAAUCCUUUAAUAGUUGGUAACUUGAUGCAACAUAUCAACCCGGUGGCUUUUGUUUUUGUUUUAUUGACGGAAUGCUUCCUUUGCUUUGGAACGUUUUUGCUCAUUUUCUUGCUGGUGAAAAAGUUUAUUAAAAACCCUCCGAGUAGCGCUGACACAGAAAUUGUGGUUUCCCCUUCAACGGAAAUGAAACCAUUAACUGCUAAUUCUGAUUAACAAUUUAUCCUUGCUAUAAAGACUAUAACUAUGACCAAUUACUUUGAAAUCCUAUAUUAUUGUUCUGAAACUUUUGUGGGUGCACUCAACCACGAAAUCAAAUGUUCAACAAACGAUUAUGUCCAACCAAAUAUCAUGCCAAAGACACGAAAUAAACUCACAGUAUAAGGCUUUUGUUUUCUCUUGCCUAACAAAAGGUUAUUUAAGGUCGCCUUGGUGUAAUGGAUAUGGUGUCCGCCUAGUUCAAUCCCCACCGUGGGAGCGUUCUUUAGAUCUCCCCCAAAGACAUCAAGUACUGGUUCUAGGCCCAGGAAAUGGACUCGAGAGCGUUUAUAUAAGCCUAAGGCUUUCGAUGCAAUCAAGCUAAAAUAAAUAGGUUUAAACUAAAGGUUUUCAGAAUACGAAACAUGGUUUUAACAACAUUUAACUAUUAUGAUUACUAUUAGCUAACAGAUUUUUAAACCUCUGUUACUUUUGAAUAUGCACAACUGUAUGCAGCUAAAGAUAGGCAUACAAAACCAAGUUGUGUAAUUUUCCCUUUCACAAACAUUGUUGCGGCUUCUUCCUGCAUUGUCUAAGACUAAAGAAUAUUCUUUAAAUUGAUAUAUUCAAAAAUUGCUUGAAUUAUGAGACAAACUUGGCAUUGAACACCUCUAUCAAUAUCAUUCUUCAUGUAGAACAUUUUGUUAAUGACAUGUUCUCCAGUGGAGGCCUGUAUAUAUUCAAACACUGACAGCAUUUUUCCUGAUUCUAUGUAGAUUCUAUAUUCUUAUGUCUAAGAAUGGGUUAAUUGUUUUUGGCCUCUCUGUCAUUGUAUGUGUGUGUGUCUGUCCCAAAACUUUAACCUUGGUCAUAACUUUUGCAAUAUUGAAGAUAGGAACUUGAUAUUUUGCAUGCAUGUGUAUUUCAUGGAGCUGCACAUUUUGAGUGGUGAAAGGUCAAGGUCAUCCUUCAAGGUCAAGGUAAUUUUUUUCUAAAAUAGCUGCUGUGUGGCUUUAAAGCAGCACUGUAGGGGGCAUUGUAUUUCACAAACACAGCUCUUGUUAUCAAAGAUAUGGUGAAGUUGAUACUUGUGUUGUGUUAUUUUCAUUUUGCUGCAAAAAGUUAGAAGUCGUGUGCUCUUGUUUGUAUACAAUUAUUGAGUAGUUGAAGGGUAAUUUUAUUCAGCUGUAUUCUAGUUGAUUGCUAAAAGGUAAUUUUAUUCAGCUGUAUUCUAGUUGAUUGCUAAAAGGUAAUUUUAUUCAGCUGUAUUCUAGUUGAUUGCUAAAGGGUAAUUUUAUUCAGCUGUAUUCUAGUUGAUUGCUAAGUCAUUAUUGCUCUUACAGGUGUUGUGAAUGUGAGGCUUGGGGCUCCUUAAAACUGGUUUAAACCCUGGUGCUGUGAAUUGAUUGUUCUGAGGUGGUUGUAUACUUUGUGUCUUACUGUUUUUCAAUUUAUUUCUUGCCACAGAUAAAGGUUCGAAAUACGGUUAGGGCCAUGGUGGUUACACAUUAAAACCCAGAGGGGGACAUUGCGAUAGUACGAUAGUACAAUGGCGUCAUUGCGAUAGUACGAUCGCGACAAUGCCAUCGUACUAUCGCGUUGUCUCCUUCGUACUAUCGCGUUGUCGCCAUCGUACUAUCGCAUUGUGGCCAUCGUAUUACCGCACCAUUCGAUUGUCGCCCUCUGGAUUUUAAUGUGUAACCACGAUUGCCCUAACGGUAUUCGGUAUAAAAAACCACAUGGUAUAAUUAGGUUUCUCUCCUUCUUGUGUUGCUGAUGUUUCAUUUUGUGUAUGUAUUGCCAAUUAUUACGAUUUAGUUGUAUCUUGCCUAAUAGGAAGGUUAUCAGCACAUGUGCAUGUAAUGACUUUAGUUUAAAGUUUUUUCUGGUAUACAAGUACGAUAUCUAUUUAUCUUUCAAACAUAUCCAUAUUUGGACAGUUCUAUGCUAUGAAAGGAAGGCAGAAUGCACAGUACAAGCCUUAACAUUUUAAUACUAGUGCAGGUGUUUUUUAAUGCCUCAUUGUAUUAUUUUCAACCAUAUGGGAUUUAUAGUCGAUCAACUAAUUACAUAAUAAAGGAAAUUGACUUUCAUCUAUCAAAUGUGUACUUAAAAAAAAUUGGAAACCAUUAUGGUUAUAGUUAAACGUGGUUGUGAAAAUCUGUAAAUACGUUAUUCCAGAAGAGCUUAUUGUCCCCUACCGGUCACACUUUUUUUGGAUCCUGCGAUAACUUUAAAAGUUCUUCAUAAUUUUCAUGAAACUUGAAACAUGAACAGAUGGCAAUAUGGAGAUUGUGCACGUCAUUUUAUUUUGUUCCUAUGUCAAGAAUUCUGGUUGCUAUGGCAACAAAUAAUUUUAUUUUUUUUUAAUCUGACAAGUGGAGUUUCACCGGUAGGGGACCAUAUUGCUUGAUAAUCUCUUGUUUUUCCUGUGCUAGUUUUCCAAAGGGACAUGUUCAAAAUUUGGCUAAAUGACACUUUUUUUUAUGUCAAAGAUUAAAUAAAUAAUGUAUGAAUUAUAUUGAAACAAGCAAAUAAACACUCCUGACUAAGAAAAAUAAA